CGACCGGCGACCGGGACCGGGGCCGGCGAGCGGGGCCCAUGUCCAACGCGCCGCCGCGCUCGCCCCCGACGCGGGCCCGCAGGAUGAAGGCGGACGACUCGUUCCUGGGCCGGCUGGGCACGCUGGGGAGGAAGAGGAAGGCCAGGGCGGUGAGUGACCUGCAGGAAGAAGGGAAAAAUGCCAUCAACUCACCGAUGUCUGCCACCCCGGACGUCCACCCUGAGGACACCCAGCUAGAGGAGAAUGAAGAACGCACCAUGAUCGACCCCACCUCCAGAGAAGACCCCAGAUUCAAGGAGCUGGUCAAGGUCCUCCUGGACUGGAUCAACGACGUGCUGGUGGAGGAGCGGAUCAUCGUGAAGCAGCUGGAGGAGGACCUGUACGACGGGCAGGUGCUGCAAAAGCUGCUGGAGAAACUGGCCGACCGCAAGCUGAACGUGGCCGAGGUGACCCAGUCCGAAACGGGCCAGAAGCAGAAGCUGCGGACAGUUCUGGAAGCCGUGCAGGACCUGCUGCGGCCACACGGCUGGGUGCUGCGCUGGAACGUGGACUCAAUCCAUGGGAAGAACCUGGUGGCCAUCCUGCAUCUGCUCGUGGCGCUGGCCAUGCACUUCCGGGCCCCCAUCCGCCUGCCCGAGCACGUGUCUGUGCAGGUGGUGGUCGUGCGGAAGCGGGAAGGCCUGCUGCAUUCCAGCCACGUCACGGAGGAGCUGACCACGACCACAGAGAUGAUGAUGGGGCGCUUCGAACGCGACGCCUUCGACACGCUCUUCGACCACGCCCCGGACAAGCUGAGCGUGGUGAAGGAGUCUCUCAUCACCUUCGUGAACAAGCACCUGAAUAAGCUGAACCUGGAGGUGACAGAGCUGGAGACCCAGUUUGCAGACGGCGUGUACCUGGUUCUGCUUAUGGGGCUCCUGGAGGGCUACUUUGUCCCUCUCCACAACUUCCACCUGACGCCGGACAGCUUCGACCAGAAGGUGCAAAACGUGGCGUUCGCCUUCGAGCUGAUGCUGGACGCAGGGCUCAAGAAACCCAAGGCCCGUCCCGAAGAUGUGGUGAACUUGGACCUGAAGUCCACCCUGAGGGUCCUGUACAACCUCUUCACCAAGUACAAGAACAUGGAGUGAGGGGCUCCGGCGGCAGCCCCCGCCCCGCUCUGCCCGGGGCUCCUCACCCCCUUCGCCUGUUAGAGGCCCUGCUGAGCUCCGAGGACGAGCAAGCCCCCCUGCGUCCCACCCCGCCCCCCUGCGUCCUGGGCAAGGCCACUCCAGUGCAGUCUCACACUGUACAUCACAGUCCCCCAGGUGACGUGCGUGUCCGCCCGUGGCCCCGGCCCCUCCUGGCGCCUCGCCAUUGCAUCACGUGGGGCCUCUGCACACGCACCGGGCCCGGGGGCCCAGCCGCCACCUCCCUCCCUGUGCGCGGUGCGCUGGGGCGGCCUUGGGCUGCUUCUCUGGACCUGGCUCUGAAGGGCACCUGCCGACAGAACCUUCCCGGCUCCUGAUUGGGACUGGGUGCGGUGGGGGACUUGGGAAGAGGGGGUCAUGUGGGUUCCCCGAGGCCGUGGGUGGCCACGUCUACCAGGAAGUCCGAGGUGGAGGAGUGGGUGCCGCUUCUCCCCGCGUGCUGUGCCGGUUCCUGGUCUCUCCUGAGAACCCCGGGCGUGCCCGGUGUGACUCCCCCGCCUGACCUCAUUCUGCCUUACAGUCACGUUCUGGGGUCCUCGGGGUCAGGACCGCAGCCUGGGGAGUUGGGGGGACCCACGAGGCGGGUGGGCAGCAGGACACGAAGCGUUCGCCUCAUUCUCCCUAGACCCCCAGCAGCCUCUCUGUAAAAGACGCUGGGGCUCGUUUGCCCUGGCUGGCCUGGCUCUGAAGAGGAUCAAGGAUUCCAUCGGCUGCGAGUUCUGGGCCGGCCCCUGGGGCCCCCUUGGCCUCGCUCACCGCCGGCCCCGCCCCCUUGCCGCAGCCCGGUGCUGGCUAACGUUACGUUGGAUGCCAACACGGAGUUGUAGAGAACACUUUAAUUUGCUCCUUCAGCCCUGCCUUGUUGCCAGGCUGGGGAUGGGUUCAAAAUAGCCUUUUUGACGGAGGUGGCUUUGCCAGCAGGCGCGAGAAAUAAUUAAAACGGUAUUACGGCGGCUCCCGCGGGACGCUGUGACAUUAAAGAGCCACGGUGACAAAAUAUCCGCGGCUCGAGCUGCCUGUGCCGUCUGUGCCGCACGCACACAGACACAGCAACCUGGAGGCGGGCCAGCUCGAGGCCCUGCCUUGCUUACCCCAGGGGGACGGGGAUGGGGACGGGGCCUUGGUGUCCAGGGGCAGCUCCAGCCCAUUCUGUGCCCGUUCCGGGAGGGGCAUCAGCUUCCUGGCAGCCCCGGCCUCUUGCCCGUGUCCCACCUGUCCGUGCUUCGAGGGCUGAGGUGGUGGGGAAGGGAGACUGGCACGGAUGUGCUGUUUUACCCCAGUGGCUCCCAGAAGGGGUCCCUCGGGGCUUCCCCACCUCAGAGCUCUGCCUGUGCCUCCAGUCCCAGUCGGAGCCCGUGGUGUGGCCGGGGCCGGGCUGAGGCCGGGCCGAGGCGAGACUCGGGGCCAGCUCUGCUUUGCCCACCCUGAGCAGCGCCAUGGUUCCUACUGGCUCACUCCCCAGAUGGCUGCAACAGCCAGAGCUGAGCCGGGCCGAAGCCAGGGUCUCCCACAUGGGUGGCAGGGCCCCAGGCACUUGGACCAUCUUCCACCGCCUUCCCACGCGUGUAAGCAGGGAGCUGGAACAGAGGCAGUACAGCCGGGGCUUGAACCUGCGCGGUGACUCGGGGGACCAGCAUCGCGGGCAGUGGCUUAACCCUCCCGUGGAUCCUGAUUCCGGGAGGUCCUGGUCCCCUGGUUCUCGGGGAGCUGUUUUUCUCUGAACACGGCCUGGUCCUGAGGCUGGCUGAAAGCCUCGGGGGUCGGGCAGUGGCGGGGUUCUGCUCGGUCCCUGAGCCGGGGCGCCCGCUGGCGUGGAGCUGCCUGCAGCCCCGAAGCCCCUGUGACAACUGGCCAGCGUUAUGCAAGCGCCGAGCCGGGGCCCCGCUGUGCCCUCCUUGGCUGCAGCACAGAGCUGUUUUAUUUUUAAGCAACCGAAUCCUCCCCCCCACACCCCCGAGGGCCAGUGUUUUAUUGUCUUUUUAAUUGUUUAAAGCCACGCUCACUUUGGAAGUUAAAUAAAAGGCGCUUUGAUGAGGCCGCCUGGCUGACGGGAGGAAACGCGCGUUCCCAGGUUCCGUGCCGGGCACCCCGCGCUGCCGUUUGCGCCAAUAAAGCUCUCCCCGGCUCGGGGCCGCCUCCAUCUUUUCUGG